AUCAUUUGGUGGCAAGACAGCGCGAGUUAUUGGAACGCUUCUUCUACCAUUAAAUGAUGAGCACUUUAGCGUCGAGAUAGUGGCGCUACUCUAUCAUAUUUUUCUUUUUCACAUGAGCUUUAUGGCCGCCUUCUAGUUUCCAAAAAGCCAAUCGUUUCGUUUCUUCCCUUUACUCAUCGGCACUGACUGCGCAUGCCCUGCGAUUCCGUGUGCUUCUGUCACGAAACAGGCGCUGGUGCUCCGGAGGCGCCGAAACCGCCAUCGUUGAAGGAAGUAAGAGUGGACACACGCCUCUUGCAUUUACCUUCGGCGACGAAGCAACGCCGAGCACAAGCCAGGAAUUCUUCGAGGGCGCUUCAUGGACUUCCGUGUCACACUACGAUUUGUGACGACUCCUUCGAAGACCUGUGGAACGCGUUGAACAGCCACAACGAUGCCAGUGACGUCACGGGCCAUACACAUGUCACUGAAAGCGGAAUCUCCAGUUCCCGGCCUAUGGUGUCCAGCAGCUGCGGCAAUCACGCACAGCCCAGUACAAGCCGCGCUGGCUUAGAGGAAGAAUCGGCCGUUCCGGAAAACAUCGCUAGGCAGCUGGAGGUGAGCUGAUAACGCCGACAUGCAAUGCUACCGCACUUCACCCCAGAAGAAAAUCUCGACGUCGUCACCUUACUGCAGCGUGCCAAAGAAGCGCGACAACCUGCUUGCCUACCCAUCAAGUCCUGGCCAAGGACGGACAGGCGAUGCUACAAUCUUCGACGAAGAUAUGAGGAGCAGCAGCAGCUAAGCGAUUGUGUUUGGGCUUGGACCCCAACACGCCGACGUUGACUCAGUGAAAAGCUAUGAAGUGCUCAUAUGUAUCAAAACAUUCUCGGUCAUCUUCCCUGACCGUAUCUGUCGCCUAUGUUGUAGUGGCACCUACGGUAGUUAGAUGCAUGCGUGAUGCGCAUAGUGUUGUACAUUCUCGAAGGCACACAAGCAUAUGCGAUUACUCUGGAAUCUUCGAACUAUCCUUUCAUAAACAGCCGACGCACUUGAGUCGCAAAUCAGCUUUACGACAAUCGACAUAUGUCCUUGGCGUUUGCAUAUUGCACGAGUGUGACUUCUUUAGUCGACACAUGUUCGCCCAAUAAAGAACUG